AUGACUGGCCGUCUGCGAGGCCCCGCCCCACCCCGCCCCCGGAGCCGCGGCCUCGCAGAGUGCCCAACCGCCCGGCGCCCUGGCCAGGGGCUGUGCGAGCGCCGAAUCUACGGCUGCCCCCCACCCCAGAGCACCAAGAUGCCUGGUGAACAGCAGACAGAGGAGGAGGAAGAGGAAGAGAUGCAAGAGGAGAUGGUGCUGCUGGUGAAGGGUGAGGAAGAUGAGGGUGAGGAGAAAUAUGAGGUGGUGAAACUCAAGAUCCCCAUGGACAACAAGGAGGUCCCGAGCGAGGCGCCAGCGCCGUCGGCCGACCCGGCGCGCCCACACGCGUGCCCGGACUGCGGCCGCGCCUUCGCGCGCCGCUCCACGCUGGCGAAGCACGCACGCACGCACACGGGCGAGCGGCCCUUCGCGUGCACCGAGUGCGGCCGGCGCUUCUCACAGAAGUCGGCACUGACCAAACACGGCCGCACGCACACGGGCGAGCGGCCCUACGAGUGCCCCGAGUGCGACAAGCGCUUCUCGGCCGCCUCGAACCUGCGGCAGCAUCGGCGGCGCCACACCGGCGAGAAGCCGUACGCAUGCGCGCACUGCGGACGCCGCUUCGCGCAGAGCUCCAACUACGCACAGCACCUGCGCGUGCACACGGGCGAGAAGCCGUACGCGUGCCCGGACUGCGGACGCGCCUUCGGCGGCAGCUCGUGCCUGGCGCGCCACCGACGCACGCACACGGGCGAGAGGCCGUACGCCUGCGCCGACUGCGGCACGCGCUUCGCUCAGAGUUCGGCUCUGGCCAAGCACCGACGCGUGCACACCGGCGAGAAGCCGCACCGGUGCGCCGUCUGCGGCCGCCGCUUCGGCCACCGCUCCAACCUGGCGGAGCAUGCGCGCACGCACACAGGGGAGCGGCCCUACCCGUGCGCCGAAUGCGGCCGGCGCUUCCGCCUCAGCUCGCACUUCAUCCGUCACCGUCGCGCGCACAUGCGGCGUCGUCUCUAUAUCUGCGCUGGUUGCGGCCGGGACUUCAAGCUACCCCCUGGCGCCACGGCCGCCACUGCCACCGAGCGCUGCCCAGACUGCGAGGGCAGCUGA